AUGCAUGAUUUGACUGAUAUGCUUGACCCAUUCGUCGAUGACAGGGAACAAUCUCUGGUGUAUUUGGAGUCAGAGCAGGUGAUCUUGACGCGUUUGAUCAAGUCGAGAACGUUUGGGUUGAAGCACGCGGUGUUUCCACGGUGCAUGUUUGUGAACGGGCAGUGGUAUGACGGGGGUGUGGUGAACAACUUCAAGGGCAAGAGGGCGGAGUGUGAGGGUAGCGGGGGUGUUCUGCCGCUGAUGAUUCAGAACAACUGGAUUGUUGGGAUCGAGAACAAGGUGAGGCGUGCGAAGCGCUGGGGCCAUUGGUUUGUGAGGAACGAGAGUACGGGGAGCUGUGGUAGCGAGGCGGGGCUGAGGCAACUGUUGGAUAGGAUGGUGGAGUCUGUGAGGAACGGUGUUCCGGAACUAAUCGCAGGGUCUCAGUCUGUCUAA